GAUUAUGGGAAUGCGUUGUCAAAGAGCAUUUUGUUCUUUGAAGGCCAGAGGUCAGGGAAGUUACCCUCCUCACAAAGAAUGACAUGGAGAAAGGAUUCUGCGCUUCGCGACGGUUUCGAAAUCGGUGUUGAUUUGUUAGGUGGUUACUAUGACGCGGGAGACAACGUAAAGUUCAACUUUCCCAUGGCAUUUUCCACAACAAUGUUGGCUUGGAGUGUCAUAGAGUUCGCCAAGUCCAUGGACUCCGACCUCCCACAUGCACUUGGCGCGAUCCGAUGGGCCACCGACUACUUUCUCAAGGCGACGAGCGUCCCCGGCUUUGUGUUUGCCCAAGUUGGCGAGCCUUACGGCGACCACGCGUGCUGGGAGAGGCCUGAGGACAUGGACACCCCAAGAACUGUCUACGCAGUCAGCAAGCAGUUCCCUGGCUCGGAGGUCUCCGCUGAGAUUGCGGCGGCUCUCGCAGCUUCUUCCAUGGCGUUUCGGUUCAGUGAUAGGGAAUACUCCGCCAGGCUUCUCAAGAGAGCCAGAAUGAGUAUUGAUUUUGUUGCUUGGAAUAGGUUUUUGUGUUUUGCAGAUAAGUACCGGGGAUCAUAUAAUGACAGUCUUGGACCAUGGGUGUGCCCAUUUUAUUGUGAUUUCAACGGCUACCAGGAUGAAUUGCUUUGGGGAGCAGCAUGGUUGUUCAAGGCAACAAAGGAUUCUUACUAUUGGAGUUAUGUCAUGAACAACAUACACAAUUUGGACCAAAUUGGUGUGAAAAAUAUAGAUGGUCUCCUAUCACUCGGCGGUGGCUUUGCUGAGUUUGGCUGGGAUUCAAAGCACGCAGGUGUAAACGUACUCGUUUCCAAGCAGUUUGCUUUGUCAAGCCUCUCUACUUCUGCUUCCUUCAUUUCCAAUGCGGACAAGUUUGUAUGUUCUAUUUUGCCCGAAUCACCAACCAAAUCAGUGUCAUAUUCACCAGGUGGGCUUUUAUUUAAACCGGGAGGAAGUAACAUGCAGCAUGCGACAGCCUUGUCGUUUCUUCUACUUGUGUACUCUCGCUAUUUGAAUCAAGCAAACAGAGUGGUCCAAUGUGGAAAUGUUGUGGCCAAUUCGGCUAGGCUAGUUCAGGUUGCAAGAAGUCAGGUGGAUUACAUACUGGGAACAAAUCCAUUAAAAAUGUCAUAUAUGGUGGGGUAUGGGAAAAACUUUCCUCAGAGAAUACAUCACCGCGGUUCAUCUCUACCCUCAAUAGAUCAACACCAAGCACGCAUAGAAUGCAAGGGAGGAAGCUUAUAUUUCAAUAGCAAUAAUCCAAAUCACAAUUUGCUAAUUGGAGCUGUCGUUGGAGGGCCUGAUAUCAAGGAUUGUUACUCUGAUUCUCGAUCUGAUUUUGUACAAUCCGAGCCUACCACUUCCAUCAAUGCACCUCUUGUGGGCGUCUUGGCUUACUUCAAAUCACACCCAUACUGA